CCACCGGGCAAAUAACGUCGAACAUUAGAUUUUGUAAGCCAACCAUCAAAUUGGGAGCUCAAACCCAACAACGGACUUCAAAUGUUCAACCGACGAGGGAAAUCCUUCAUUCCCUCCAUCACCUUAUCAUCCUCCUAAUUACGCUAUGCUGAUGCUUCUUUAAUCCCACAAUCAUCCCAAAACGCCUCUCAACUCUUUACCCACUGAAUACGAUAACCCUGACAACGAAGACUUCUCGCGAAUCAGCUCCGGAAGUCUCGACAGCAUGGCUCCCAUCACCAAGGAAUCCGAUGAGACCAACCACCUGGCCCUCCUCGACAAGCUUGACCUCUACUCUGUCGCCAAGCCCUGGCGAAAUCCCAACUAUAAACCCCACCCGCGCCGUAACAAAACUCUCAAGCAACUGCUCGCCGAAGAAGCACGCAAAUAUGAGAUCCCAACCUCCGUCCUUCCUACCCAGAACAAUAGCGGCGUGUCUACCCCCAUACCAGGCAUGACUCCUAGCGGAGCAACCGGUGCGAUGACACCCGUUGGCGGAGCAAGCACCAGCGCCCCUGCGAUGAAUGGGAACGGAACGGUUGAGAAAGCUGCGCAGAAUCUGUCCGGGCUGGCAAUCGAUGGGCAGGUGCCGCAACGUCCGCGCGUCACUUGGCAGGGCCUUGAGGCGACCCCGAGCUUGCUUCCGAAGAAGAAGUACUGCGAUAUCACGGGGCUGCCGGCAUCGUACACCGAUCCGAAGUCCGGGUUGAGGUACCACAAUAAGGAGGUGUUUCAGUACGUCAGGACGCUGUCUCAGACUCAGGUGGAGCAAUAUCUCGAGUUCCGAGGCGCGCACACCGUGUUGAAAUGAACGGACUUGGGAUAUUUUGGAUAUUCACCUUUGGCAGGGUUCUGCCGGCCAAUGAGGGGGAGGUUGGUGCCCAGAGCACUUUGCCUCGUGUGCGAAUGGUUAAGAUGCAUAGCGGAGGAUCGAGAAGAAGAAGAACUUGACGAAUACCAAACGAAAGUAUGGCGCCCUUGGGGAGGGCAUUAUGCUAUGGUUCAGGCGCCCUCUAUGGAGGAUGAGGUCAAGACGAGAAGAUGACGGAUGAGCCGUCAAGAAGAUACGCGUUACGAGGUGUAUGA